UAUCGAAAGUGAUUUCCAUUUCUAAUCGGGUUAUAUAAUCAAUUGAUUAAUAUCGAUCAGUUUAAUCACCAUGGGAUACGAUUUCACCGUCUUCAAAGGAUCCAAGGACGGAUCCAUCACCGAAGCCACCACCCACCGCGAUGACCUCACGCGCGAUGAAGUCCUCGUCCGACUCACCCACUCCGGCGUCUGUUUCACAGAUGUCCACUACCAACACGCCGACAUGGCCCUGGGCCACGAAGGCGCCGGCGUCAUCGAGGAAAUCGGUCCAGAAGUCCAGGACCUGAAGAAGGGCGAUCGCGUCGGCUGGGGAUAUCAAACCGGCUGCUGCGGUCGAUGCUCCCACUGUCUCACGGGCUGGGAGACCAUGUGUCCGGAACGCAAGAUGUAUGGUAGCGCGACGCCGGACCAGGGUUCGUUCGCCACGCAUGCGGUCUGGCGCGAGCCGUUCCUGUUCAAGAUCCCCGAGGGCAUCAGCAAUGAGGACUCAGCUCCGUUGAUGUGUGGAGGAUCGACGGUGUUCAAUGCCUUGCAUGUCUCGGGGGUCAAGCCGACGUCCCGGGUGGGCAUCGUGGGGAUCGGUGGACUGGGACAUCUGGCCAUUCAAUUUGCUGCCAAGAUGGGCUGCGAUGUGGUGGUCUUCUCGGGCAGCGAUAAUAAGCGCGAGGAGGCGUUAAAGCUGGGUGCGCGCGAGUUCUAUGCCACUAAGGGUGUGAAGGAGCUUAAGAUCGGCAAGCCGCUGGAUAAUCUAAUCGUCAGUACGAGUAGUCAGCCCGAUUGGAAGCUCUACGUCAAUGUGCUGGCGCCUGGGGCGGUGAUUUCUCCGUUGUCGGUGGACAAUGAGGAUUUCAAGUUCCCGUAUAUGGCUCUCUUGGGGAAUGGAUUGCGCGUGCAAGGGUCGGUCGUCGCGGCGAGACAGGUGCAUCGGGAUAUGCUUGACUUUGCUGCCUUGCAUGGGGUGAAGCCGGUUUUGAUGAAGUAUCCGAUGAGCCUAGAUGGUGUGAAGGAUGCGAUGAAGACGUUGGAAGCUGGAAAGAUGAGGUACAGAGGGGUUCUGGCUGUGCAAUAGAUGGAUGGAGCGGUUCUUAGCGUGGGGUGCUGCGGACAUGUUGGCUGAGUAAAUAAUUAUGUUUGGGGACCUUAUGUGAUGCUUUAUGAUAUGAUGAGAAC